UCACGAACCCAUAUGCGUCUCGCUCUCCCCCAUUACCCCUCGCAUUGAGUUGGUUUCCUCCACGCAAAGAGAACUCACUGUGUUCUUCCUACCCUCGAAGACUUCUCAUACGGAAAGUAAAUGUUGCUGGAGAUAUAGGCUUCCUUCCAUCAUGUUUGCCUCAGGGAAAAUGAAGGUUGCAAACCCAGACACAGUUUGGAAUUGUUUCCACCUUAAACUGGAAUUAGUUUUUGGAAUGCUAAGGAGUUUAGAAGGGUGGAAGUUCCAGCAAACCAAGUUAAAAAAAUCCAGCUUUGAAUGUGUUGAUAUAGUAUGAAUUAUAUGUAGUUAUGGAAGUUAUUUCUUGUGAUUUAUUGGAGGCAGUUUCAAGUUAUCUCUCCUUAUCGUUUUUCUACGUCAUAAUAAUAUAUGGGCUGAGGUGCACAUUUCAUGGGAGGUGUAGAGGAUGAAGAACCAGCCACGAAACGCAUGAAAUUGUCAUCUGAACAAUUGAGAGGUCUUUCCAACGGUUCAUCUUUUAUAGAGCCCAUAUCUGGCUCUUCAAGUGACUUGAUGGCUCGGCCCCUAUCAUCUGAAGGGGACGAAGAAGUUGUUGGUACAAAAGGAGUUAUUAAAAAGGUGGAAUUUGUCCGCAUAAUAGCCAAAGCAUUACGCUCUCUUGGUUAUACAAAAAGUUGUGCUCAUCUAGAGGCAGAGUCUGGGAUAUCCUUACACUCCUCUGUGGUAGGUCUGUUUACGCAACAAAUACAUGAUGGCAAUUGGGAUGAAAGUGUUGCCACAUUGUGUAAAAUUGGACUACUGGAUGAACAUAUUGUUAAAUCAGCCUCUUUUCUUAUUCUGGAACAGAAGUUUUUUGAGCUUUUGGAUGCAGAAAGGGUCAUGGAUGCAUUGAAGACACUGAGGACUGAGAUUGCACCUCUAUGCAUUAAUAAUAGUAGAGUUCAUGAACUUUCUUCCUACAUGGUUGCCCCUUCACAGUGUAAUCUAGUUGGGUCUCGCAGUCAAGACACUGUGAGGUCAAAGUCUCGGUCAAAGCUACUGGAGGAAUUGCAGAAACUGCUUCCCCCAACAGUUAUGAUACCUGAAAGAAGGUUGGAACAUUUAGUUGAACAGGCACUUCUUUUACAACGAGAUGCUUGUAUUUUUCACAACUCUUUGGAUAAGGAAAUGUCAUUGUACGCUGAUCAUCAGUGUGGUCGAGAUCAGAUUCCUUCUCGAACUUUACAGAUAUUACAAGAGCACAGUGAUGAAGUCUGGUUCUUGCAAUUUUCACACAAUGGGAAAUACUUGGCUUCAUCAUCAAAUGAUCAUUCAGCAAUCAUAUGGGAGGUUGAUGUGAAUGGUGGAGUGUCUUUAAAGCAUAGACUAUGUGGUCAUCUGAAACCUGUCUCGACUGUUUCAUGGUGUCCUGAUGACCAUGAGCUACUUACCUGUGGACUGGAGGAGAAUGUCAGGCGCUGGGAUGUUUCUUCUGGUGAGUGCCUCCAGAUUUAUGAGAAGGUUGGUCUUGGCCUGGUGUCCUGUGGAUGGUUUCCAGAUGGCAAACGGAUUUUCUCUGGUGUCAAUGACAAGAGUAUUAGCAUGUGGCAACUAGAUGGGACAGAGCUGGAGUGUUGGAAGCAAAAAACUCUAAGGAUAUCUGAUUUGGAAAUAACGAAUGAUGGAAAACAGAUUAUAAGUAUAUGUAGAGAAACUGCUAUACUAUUACUUGACAGGGAAGCAAAAGUUGAAAGAUUGAUUGAAGAGGAUCAAACAAUAACCACUUUUUCUUUAUCGAGGGAUAAUAAGUUUUUGCUGGUUAAUCUUGUAAACCAAGAAAUCCACCUCUGGAACAUCGAAGGUGACCUCAAGCUUGUUGCCAAGUACAAAGGUCACAAACGCACCCGGUUUGUGAUUAGAUCUUGCUUUGGUGGACUUGCAGAAGCUUUUGUUGCCAGUGGUAGUGAGGACUCACAGGUUUAUGUCUGGCACAGAGGCUCAGGUGAGCUGAUAGAGGCAUUGGCAGGACAUUCUGGUGCUGUUAAUAGUGUGAGCUGGAAUCCGGUGAAUCCCCACAUGUUGGCAUCAGCUAGUGAUGACCGUACGAUCCGGAUAUGGGGCCUAAAUGAACUAAGUAUGAAGCGCAAGGAUCCACAUAUCAAUGGCAUCCACUAUUGCAAUGGGGGAACAUGAGAAAGAGACCCAAAGAAAGUCAAUUGGUUGUAAUUUCUUCCCUCUCAAAUCAUUGCUUUUGUGUAAAUACUUUUAUCACUGUUGCAAGCAGACAUUUAUAUCAAACAAGCAUGUGGAUUGUGCAACAAGUUCCUUAUAAUAAAUCUACCAUUGCAUUUUUAGCA